UUUGGCUCACGUGGGUAAAACAUUCGGGUUGGGAUAAAACCAUCAAAACUGCACCGUCAGCUCAAAUGGUGUCCCUCGUCCCCUCAACGUUCCUCAUCUGAUCUACAAUCAACAAUCACCGUAUCUCUCCGCAAGAUCUAGGGUUUUCAAAAUCGUCAUUCGCAAUUCAAGCAGAGAUCCAAUCGGUUUGUAAAAUCCUCGAUUUCAUCUCCGAUCUACACUUUAUUGAAAAUGCCUGUGAAAGUGGCGAGUGCGUCAAUACGAGAUCGGACUCAAGAGUUUCAGAGUAUAUCCGAAAGGUUAAAAAAGUCAUUUCAGAACGGGCCGAUUAGCACCAGUUCUUCUAGAUCGGAGGAACAAAGGAAUACUAUCGCUGUGCAAUCCGAGUUCAAUAAACGAGCCUCGAAAAUUGGUUACGGAAUACAUCGAACCUCACAGAAGCUUGCAAAACUAGCAAAAUUGGCAAAAAGGACUUCCGUUUUUGAUGAUCCGACUAUAGAAAUCCAGGAGCUGACUGCAGUUAUCAAGCAAGAUAUUACAGCACUUAACUCUGCUGUAGUAGAUCUCCAGCUUCACUCUAAUGCUCGCAGUGAAAGUGGUAAUAGUGAUACCACUAGUCAUUCGACUACUGUUGUAGAUGACUUGAAGAACAGACUGAUGACGGCCACUAAGGACUUCAAAGAAGUACUCACCAUGCGGACUGAGAAUAUGAAGGUUCAUGAGAACAGAAGGCAGUUGUUUUCUUCAUCAGCUACCAAAGAAGCUUCAAAUCCAUUUAUGCGCCAACGUCCACUAGCUUCAAGGAAUACUGCUAAUACACCAGCCAGCCCUCCUCCUUGGGCUAAUGGUUCACCUUCUUCUUCUCAGUUAUUUCCAAGGAAGCAAGGGGAUGGAGACACACAGCCAUUGUUGCAGGAGCAACAACAGCAGCAACAGCAGCAGCAGAUGGUUCCAUUGCAGGACAGCUACAUGCAGAGUAGAGCAGAAGCUCUUCAAAAUGUUGAGUCUACUAUCCAUGAGCUGGGCGGCAUUUUUAAUCAGCUUGCUACCUUGGUUUCUCAGCAGGGAGAGGUUGCAAUCAGGAUUGAUGAGAACAUGGAUGACACACUAACAAAUGUGGAAGGGGCACAAGGGGCUCUGCUCAAGUACCUCAAUAGCAUCUCGUCAAAUCGAUGGCUAAUGAUUAAGAUAUUCUUUGUGUUGAUUUUCUUCCUUAUGAUUUUCCUAUUUUUUGUGGCAUAGUGAACAAUGGCAACAUUCGACAAAGUGUGAUGUAGAAAGACAAAUAAUCCUGUAUUUUAGAUAAGUUGCUCCGCCCCCUUGUGACUCAACUGUUGUUUCAAGUUCGAAUUUGGUAGCAACUCCAUUUUGAGGCAUCUUUUCACCCUUGUCUUCCAUCAGAUGCGGCUUAUUGUAAUUACCCUGUGAGGUUAUUGGGACCGGCAGUUUCUGUUUUUGUCACCACUUUAAGUUGAAAGCUGUCACAUCUGGUUACCAGAACAAGGCAAAACUAUCCCCGUAUAAAAAUAUGCAGUUUUAUUUUAUAUGGUAAUUAUUUGAAUUCUGUAAAGUACCCGGUAUAAAAAGCUUGUACUAUUAUUUUAUGCUC